CGCGGGCGCAAUCCCGACUAAAUAUCAAGAGAGAAGCGGGGCGAUGGACUACAUGGAGAACCUGCGGCGGUCGCCGGUCUUCCGCAACUCGUUCGAGCCGUCCAUGUCGAUGGGAAAGGAGCACCAUGGGCGUGCAGGGUCAAGUCCCAUCGAGGUCAACCUCCCGUCGUUCGCGCAGGACAUGGAGCACCUCCAUCUCCCCCGGCGCCACGAUACUAGCGCGUCGACGCUCGAAGCCGACGACUUCUCGUCGCCGUCUGCAUAUGCACCCGAGCCGUUCGGCCCAAAAGAGAAGAAGGCGGACGAGAUGCCCGUGCUGGACGAGCGGCAGGUCACCAUCAUCGUGCUCCUCGCGCGCGUCUGCUCGGUCUACGACGCGACGCCCAAGACCUUUGUCGCCAAUGUACUGCGCCUCCAUCGCAUGGGCGUGCUCGAGUCGAUUGCGUUUCUCUCGGACCUGGGCUUGCUAGCGUCAACCACGUCGCCGCGCAAGAUGGAUGCGAUCGAGCAGUGGGAUGCGGACAAGGGCGGCGUCAAUGGUGGCAUACUGGGCUUCCCGCAGUCGCUCAACGUCUCUCGCUACGCGCGCGACUUUGACGAAGUCCGUCUCAUUGGGCAAGGCGGGUUUGGCCAAGUCUACAUGGCGCGCCACAAACUCGAUGGCAUUUGCUACGCGAUCAAGCAAGUCCGCUUCUUCAACAAAGGGUUCCAGUCACCGCUCGUGCAAAACGUGCUUCGAGAAGUGCACUGCCUCGCGCGCUGCGACCACCCAAACGUGAACCGCUACUACAGCGCGUGGUUAGAACCCACGUGGGUCCCCAUGAACCUGCACGCGACGUCGUAUGCAGCGCCGCCGACGUCCGCGCCCAUCAUCAACCCCGUCGAGCUGCAAACCAAGAACCCGCACCUCCUCGAAGACAUCUACCGCUUCGUCGACGCCAAAAGCGACAGCGACUUGGAUGGCAACACGACGUCCAACCUCGAGCUCAGCGAGGACCACUACAGCUCGUACUCAAUGUCGAGAGACUCGUACGAGAGCUCGAACGGCUCGGUCGUCGAAUUUGAGUUUGAUCGAGACAUGUCCCAGUCCAACUUUUCCUGCACAAGUUUCAGCGACCUCCCCGCGUACGAUCCCAAGUCGGUCGGUGGCGGUAGCGUUUCGGUCACGUCAUCCUCCGUGCACCGGCGGCGGUCCAAGUCGUUUGAGAGCUCGACCCAUGCCUCACGCAUGCAGCUGGCCACGUACCAAGCGACACACACCAUCGUGAGCGACUGGAACAGCGUCAACUCUGUGGACGCGCGAACGCUCCAGCUCCAGCGCAAGCGACAGCAGUCGUGGUGCGCCGAGACGCCAUUCCGCAACCACCGUGCAGGCUCGUUCUUGGCGAUCGAAGGCGACGCGCCGCCAACGACCGAGAUGACCCCCGCGUUCACGUACCAAAUCACUCUUUACAUUCAAAUGUUCCUCUGCGAACAGUCGACGCUUCAGGACUGGCUCGACGAGCGCAACCGCAACGUGGGCCGCGUCGACUUCCAAACGAGCUUGCGCCUUUUUCGGCAGCUCGUCAAUGGCAUUAAGCACGUCCACGAGAAUGGCAUUAUUCACCGCGACUUGAAACCGAGCAAUGUCUUUAUGACCCGCGACGGCGCGCUCAAGAUUGGCGAUUUUGGUCUCUCAAAGCUCCUCGCCGAGGUCAUGGCCGACGACCCGAUGAACAACUGUGGCUUCAUGCCGCCAGCCAGCGGACAUGGGCACACGCAAGGCGUCGGCACCAUGUCGUACGCAAGCCCAGAGCAAGUCGCAGGCACCGACUAUGAUCACAAAGUCGACUCGUUCAGCUUGGGCAUCAUUCUCCUCGAACUUUUCUGCGUCUUUGACACCAAGAUGGAGCGCGCCCGCGCACUCAAAGACGUGCGCGGAAACCCUCCGCAUGUACCGGCUGAGCUUGCGACGACGUACCCUGAAAUUGCGGCUUUGAUUUCACACCUCGUCGCACCCACGUGCACGCGCUGGACCGUGGAGCAAGCGCAUGACUACUUGUGCACGACAUUUCCCCAAGUGCAUCUCGAGAAGGCGCGGGAAGUCCUCGAGUUGCGCCAGCAGCUGCACGAGAACGAAGCCAAGCUCAAGGAGCAGGACGCGCUCAUCGAAGAGCUGCGGCGUCAAGUGGCGGCGCUCUCACAAGAAGACACGGACAUCAACGAUCCUCGCAUGGCACGCUAAACGGACAAGUAGUAUACUGUACGACGACCA